AUGAGUCUUCUUCAAUACCCAGAUUUGGUCAAUGUGUCGACGCUUCACGUUUGGAACAACGAAGCAUUCGACGACGGAGGAUCCGAAGAUACAACCACCAUCAAGAUUUCUUUUUCUGAUAUUGAAUCCGUACCAGUGAACCGGUCACUAGAAUCCGAUUGUGGUAAAGAAAACCUGAGCCCGCCUUGCCUAAAAUCCUGUGUUUCUUUCAAAAGAAAAGAAGAGGAGAAGCGUGAUGAGAAGAAGAUCGAUAUGGAGAUUGAAGCUACCGAGAAGGAGAUCGCUCUUCUUUCGUUGAAGCUCGAAACUCUCCGACACGAAAAGGCCGAAUGUAAAGCGAGGAGGGUUUCGAUGAGAGGGAGAACAGUGGCUUCUAAAUUCAUGGUGCAAAAACAGAGCACCAAGAAUUUCGAGAAGAUGAUCGAAGCCCCUCUGUUUUCGAGUGCUAAAACGAAAUUGAACCGUGCGGUGGAUCUCGCCACCCCCAUGCAGAGCCGCCGCAAAUCGUGUUUCUAUAAGCUGCGAGAUUUGGACGAAGAGAAAGUUAAAAGCAGGAAAGGCAAGAGCUUGAGCUUGAGUCUUAGCCCAAAAUCACGCCGAACAAUAUCCAAGGCUCAAGUUACUAGGCCGGCGGCGACCACGGUGGCGUCUAAGAGAGCUGUGAAGAAAGAAGACGGCGUUCUUACUACAAUUCAACCCAAAAAUCUUUUCAAAGAGGGUGAAAGAUCAGUGACUGCGAAAAAACCACCACCCAAACAGGGAAGGGUGGUGGCGAGUCGGUACAAUCAGAUCGCCAAUCAAAGCAAUAGGAAUUUGGCUACAAGCAUUGCUCGAAAGCGGUCUUUGACUGAAAACGAUGAGGAGAGUAACAGGCAUGGCAAGAGGCUUGCUUUUCGCGAAGAAACGAUGGAGUCCUGCAAGAACCAGAAGAAUAAAAGCAGAGUGAAUUGA